GGUCACUUUCAUAUUCACCAUCAGACAUAACCACACUUUCGCCCCUCCAGUGGCCAAAACAACAGAGCAGUGACAUCAAUAAUCUUUUUCCCGAAAUCCUCCUGAAAAGAUCCUGUGGAAAUGUCGCAAGAAGUUGAGGAGACGCUGAAGAGAAUUCAGUCCCACAAAGGCGUUGUCGGGACAAUUGUUGUGAAUAAUGAAGGCAUUCCCGUGAAGAGCACACUUGACAACACCACGACGGUUCAGUACGCCGGAUUGAUGAGUCAGCUGGCUGACAAGGCGAGAAGUGUGGUCAGGGACUUGGACCCUUCCAAUGAUCUCACCUUCCUGCGCGUCCGCUCCAAGAAGCACGAAAUCAUGGUGGCCCCGGAUAAGGACUUCAUCCUGCUGGUCAUCCAGAAUCCUACGGAUUAAGCAGAAUUCCACUAUGUCCUUGAAUAUUUAUUCUCUCACUAUUCGACAGAGAUACAAAAUUUCUGAUUACCACACAAUAAUAAUUUAAUAAAUUUACUGUCAUUACUAAAA